CUCCUCGUGUCAUAAUCAUCCCCUCCACAAAACCCCAUAACAUGUCAUACAAAGUGCUCCCUUAUCAUCCAUCUUUUUCAAGUACAAAUAUAUAGGGAAAUUAAAUACCUCUCAGAACAAAUAUACACUCUAAAUACCCUGUGUGGUGCUCAACACGGGAAGCCAAAUUGCUUAGCUUUACCUUGCAUACACUCAUCUCUCAUUUCUUACACUUUACAUAUCCUCCUUCAUUUUGCUUUCAAAGAUUUCACGGCUAAAACUCAUUUAUCUGGUAAAAUAUAUUGGGUCUAAGUGAAAAAAAGAAUAUGAGGCUUACGAGUUCUAGCCAAAAGCCAAUACAGCCCCUUGCGAAUUUCCGAAGGGCCAUAAAUAUGGCGCCUUUCUUCCGUCGAAAAGAUAAGGUUGUGUUCGUUGUGGGCCCAACCGGCACUGGCAAAUCAAGACUCGCUAUUGACAUCGCAACUCGUAUUCCAGCCGAGGUCGUCAAUUGCGACAAAAUGCAAGUCUAUAAAGCACUCGACAUAGUCACUAAUAAAGUCACUGAAGAAGAGUGCCGCGGCGUUCCUCAUCAUUUGAUAGGUUUUGUAGACCCUAAUGCCAAUUUCACUUCUGAUGACUUUCGCCAUCAUGCAUCCGAUGCCGUCAAAUCCAUCCUCGCGCGUGAUCGACUACCAAUCAUCGCCGGUGGUUCGAACUCUUUCAUCGAGGCUUUGGCAAAUGAUGAUCCUGAAUUUCGAUUGAGGUACGAAUGUUGCUUCCUAUGGGUGGAUGUAUCUUUGCCUGUGCUGCAUUCAUUUGUAUCUGAAAGAGUCGAUCGAAUGGUGAAAGCGGGAUUGGUUAACGAGGUGAGAAGCAUGUUUGAUCCUACCAAAACUAACUAUUCACAAGGAAUCAGGCGAGCAAUUGGUGUCCCUGAAUUGGAUCAAUAUUUCCGCAAUGAAGCAGUCGUGGAUGCCAAAACACGAGCCAAGCUGCUCGACGUAGCUCUUGCAAAAAUUAAAGAAAAUACUUGUAUGCUAGCGUGUCGUCAAUUGCAAAAAAUCCAUCGACUUUAUAAUCAAUGGAGUUGGAAUAUGCAUCGCAUAGACGCUACAGAAGUUUUUCUAAACAGCGGAGAAGAAGCAUGGGAGAAGCUCGUGGAGGUGCCUAGCUCCAUGAUCGUGGAGGAAUUCCUUUACUAUGGCGAUCAUAUGGCUACCAUUGUACCAUCAGAGACCGUGCCUGUGAUGGCUUCCACGGGGAUGCCAAUUUCUAUUCCUGCGAUGGCAGCGGCGGUAACUCGAUAGAGGUGCUGAGGGACCCAUAGAAUCUUGGUCUUGACUCUUGAUUGGUCUUUCCUUGACAAUUUUGGUAUUUGCAAGUGUGUAUUAUAUAAGAAAAAAAAAAGAGAAAAAGGUAAAAAAGAAAAAUGAAUUUACAGCGUGGUAUUUUAAAGGAAGCUUGUCUGUGUGGAGUGGGGGAGCCGUUACGUUACCGUUUUUCACCUCGCUAAUCAAAAGUUACCACGACUGGCUCGUAAUUUACCGUUGAAAAAAAAAACCGUACAACUGAGAAAAGAAAUAUGGCAAUCGGAGCUGACCCUGUGCUGCACCUGCAUCAAUCAUCAUACGGCAGCCUUUUUUUUUUUUUUUUUGCGGGAUCCAUGUUUGUGAUUUGCAGCUGUAUUUCUAUAUUUUUUUAUCCUUUCUCACCAUGAUAGCUACAUGGUAUGCAUAAGAUGGAUAGAGAUUGGUGUUUUCUAUUUUUCCCCCCUUUUACAUGCAUUGCCUCACACGAUUGAUUAAUCGCCACCCUUGACAUGGGUAUAUAUACUGUGGCUUGAUUGAAGUUGAUGUGGGAUCGGCGAUUGUGAUUGCAGCUGAUUGCUCAAUGAAACAUGCAAGUAGGAAUCUUAAAAAGGACGAAGUUAAAAGCGACAGGUUAAUUCGCUGUGACCCAUCAAGGAAUUGUCGUUUUCAAGCAAAAAUGAUUCCAACUGAAGAAUAAUAGUGGGCUUUAUCCCCUCUCACCACCCUCCAUAAGA